GGGGGCUGUUUUUGUGUUUAGCCUCCAACCGCGGCUCAAAUUGGGCUGUGCGGGUGAUUACCGACAUUGUUGGGACGUGAUCGUGGGAAUUUUUUAUUUUAUUAUUUAUCUUUGUUUUGGUCCAUCUCUGUGCCGACCUGACAAAAGGGCAAAAAGCUCAAUUGACAAGAAACCAAUCACCCCCUCCCCACAGCAAAAAAAAAAAAAAAACCAUGACUCUCGGCAUCAGGAUAGCGCCCUCGUCGGCAACCAGGGCGGCCAGCCUCCUGCGGACGAUCCAGUACACGCACCCGCCCUCGUGCCCGUGCCACUCCAACCCGGGAUACCACCAGCGCGGGCCCGCGCUGACGCCGUACCAGCGCAGGCUGCCCAAGAGGCACUAUGCGACGCCGCAGGAGCCCAAGGAGUACGCGUUUGAGAUGGCGGCGUCGUCGAUCCGGUUCGGCGAGGGCGUGACGCAGGAGGUCGGCAUGGACCUCAAGAACAUGGCGGCCAAGAGGGUGUGCGUCGUCACCGACGAGACGGUCGACAAGCUGUAUGCGAUGCAGCAGGUGAGGGAGAGUUUGGACAGGGAGGGGAUCAAUUACAAGGUGUUUAGCAAGGUCAAGAUUGAGCCCAAGGACAGCUCCAUCAAAGAGGCCAUCGAUUGGGCAAAGCCCUACAACCCCGACGUCUUCCUCGCGGUGGGCGGCGGGUCCGUCAUCGACACGGCCAAGCUCAUGAACCUGUACACGUGCUACCCGUCGGCGGCGUUUCUGGACUUUGUCAACGCGCCGCUGGGGGGCGGCAAGCCAAUCGACCGGGCGCUCAGGCCGCUCAUCGCCAUCCCGACGACGGCAGGCACGGGGUCCGAGACCACGGGCACGGCCAUCUUCGACCUGGUGUCGAGGCGGGCCAAGACGGGCGUGGCGCACCGCAACAUGAAGCCGCUGCUGGGCAUCUGCGACCCGCUCAACACCCGCACCAUGCCCGCCGCCGUCAAGGCCAGCUCCGGCCUCGACGUGCUCUGCCACAGCCUCGAGAGCUGGACCGCCAUCCCCUACACCGAGCGCACGCCCCGCCCCGCCAACCCCAUCAACCGCCCCGCCUACCAGGGCGCCAACCCCAUCAGCGACAUCUUCUCCCUCAACGCCCUCAAGGCCACCGUCAAGUACCUCCCCAGGGCCGUCCGGGACCCCGAGGACUCGGAGGCUCAGCACCAGAUGCUGCUGGCUGCCACGUUGGCGGGUGUCGGCUUCGGUAAUGCGGGUGUGCAUUUGUGUCACGGCAUGUCCUACCCCAUCUCCGGCCAGAACCCAGGCUACAAGCACUCGGGCUACGAGGUCGCGCACCCCAUCAUCCCGCACGGCGUGUCGGUGGCCGUGUCGGCGCCCGCCGUCUUCCGCUUCACCGGCGCGUCCAACCCGGAGCGCCACCUCGAGGCGGCCGAGUGCUUCGGCGUCGACGUCAGCAACGCCAAGCGCGAGAGCGCCGGCGAGAUCCUGGCCGACGCCCUCACCCGGUUCCUCGCCGACCUCGGCGACCAGCCGGCCGGACUCAAGGGCUUGGGCUUCGACCAGAGCCACGUCGACGGCCUGGUCGAGGGCACGAUCCCCCAGGCCAGGGUGCUGAUGCUCGCGCCGGGCUUGGCCAUGACGGAGCUGGAGAGGGAGAGGGAACAGCUCAGGGCGCUGUUUGAGGAUGCGAUGGAGCAUUGAGGGAGGGGCGUGCGCUGAGGAUGGUGUUUUUUUGUCUUGUGGGCUUGGCUUGGAGUGGCAUGUUUUAGUUGUCGAUCCCUGUCACUGUCUGUAUGGUAUCUCAUCCAUCAUGAACCCGAUUGGCUGCCACUGGCAUUUUGCAUCUUUACAACAUUCGUCUCCACUUUGUCUUGCG